AAACCUCUCAAGAACCUGCCAAAAUAAAUCAUAACAAAAACAUGCUUUCCCGCCGGAUAUUUUCUGGAUUUUCCCGAUUUUCCGGCAAUGUCAGGAGAUCCUGGUCAAGUGUGGCUGUCCCUGAACUGAUUGACUCAAUAACCAGAACGACUGAUGGCGAGAUUGAUCCUGAGAUUGUAGAUGAGACAAUCAAGCUCAAUCCUCAACUUCUGAAUUAUGGUUUAGAAUCGUGGCAGAGUGUCCUGACCACAUUCAGAUCGCAGGGCUUCCCUUCGUACAUGCUAAUGCCGUUGAUUGUGAAUCAUCCAAUGAUUCUCCGGAAAAGUCCUGAACAGAUCACCCAAGGCCUGAACAAAUGGAAUACGAGUCAGUUUGGGGAGAAAAAUGUCAUGAAACUGAUAACAAAGUAUCCUACACUCCUGGAGAUUUCCAAUGACGAGAUGUACCUCUCCAAUCGAAUAGCCCAUUUGCAGGAAUACGCUGAGACGAGGAAAAACGUCUGGACGCUCUUCAUGAACUGCCCCAAUCUCAUUUCUGACAAAACGCACGUAAUUGAUCCUAAGAUAAAAUACUUGAAGCAAAAUAUGGGAGUGAAUCUGGCGGAAGUGCUCAAAUCGGAAGUCUUCUCGAAGACUCUCCUGAAAAUUCGAUGUCGUCACACUUUCCUGGAACGUUUGGGCGUUUACAAGGCCAAGAGCUACAAGGAAGAUCCCGGAGAAGUCAAUAACAAUCCCAAAUUGCACCAAAUAGUCGAUACAAGUGACAAAACCUUUGCCACAAAAAUCGCCUUUGCCACAUUGGAGGAAUACGAAGUCUUUGAGGAACUCUACUCCCGGGAACUCAAUGACCAGGACGAUGAGGAAUCCGACACUGACGAUGAGUAGUUGGUAGUAAUUUUGUUGUAGUAAAAUUUAUAAAACAAUCAUGUAUAUUUUCUUCAUAAGAUUACACACUUAUGCAAUGUGUCUGGUUUUACAAGACAAAUAAUUAAAUAAUUAUAAUAUUUAAAAAACAAAAAAUAAAAGAUAAAGCACAA